UGUGUUACAGAGAGAAUGGCCAGAACCAAGCAGACAGCGCGCAAAUCCACCGGAGGAAAAGCUCCUCGCAAGCAGCUGGCGACCAAAGCGGCCCGCAAGAGCGCUCCGGCCACGGGCGGAGUGAAGAAGCCUCAUCGCUACAGGCCCGGCACAGUGGCUCUGCGGGAGAUCCGCCGCUACCAGAAAUCCACCGAGCUGCUGAUCCGCAAACUGCCGUUCCAGCGCCUGGUGCGGGAGAUCGCUCAGGACUUCAAGACCGACCUGCGCUUCCAGAGCUCGGCCGUGAUGGCCCUGCAGGAGGCCAGCGAGGCUUACCUGGUGGGGCUGUUUGAGGACACCAACCUGUGUGCCAUCCACGCCAAGCGGGUCACCAUCAUGCCCAAAGACAUCCAGCUGGCCCGCCGGAUCCGCGGGGAGCGCGCCUAAAAGGAGCGUGCCCGACCGUGCACAUUCACCCCGAGAAACAUCGGCUCUUUUCAGAGCCACUACACUAUCCAGAGCGAGCAGCAAUCGGUGUGACUCCACACUCUCAGCACUGAGUGCUAAUGGCUCUCUGGGCAAUUACAGCUCAGAGUGAAAAAAUUACCGAAUUCAGCAGCGGCAGGAUCGAUUUCAUUUUCUAUCGAACUGUGACAACUACAAGAUCAACGAACGAUGUGAUUGAAAUUUGACGUUGCCAAGUCCCAGGCUCUGUAUAUUUAAAAUUAAA